ACAAACAUUCAAUAUUAUUUUAUUAAUUAAGCUUGAAAUCAAUACAAAUUGAAAUUGAUCCCCUACGAAACCUCCUAACAUCUACAAUGAAACCUUCUAGCAAAAGAAAAAGAUCUGAAAAUUGGGAUUCAACUGACAAGCUUCUUCUUCAUCAACUUAUUCAAAACAAAUUCCAUAUUAUUGAAAAUAAAAAUGUUGACACUAACAUCUCAAUGGCCAAGCGAGCAGCAUGGAAAGAUAUCCUUCUAGCAUUCAACAAACAAUCCAACACGAAACGAAAUUUCCCACAAAUUUAUAGUCAAUGGAAAAGAAUGAAGUUACACAUGAAGAAGAGAGCCACGUCCAAUGGAAGUGCUAAUCGAAGCUCGGCUGGAGGUUGUCCAAUAAUCAGUAAAUCACCAGAGCAUCUAUUAGUUUAUCCCAAGGACGAGUUUAUUGUUGAUCACAGUGUGUACGACGACUACGAGAGCAGUAUUGCCCAAGGCAGUGUUAGCCUUAACAAUUAUGAGUACUCAAAAGAUCGUUAUUCAGAAAAGUCUGUAGGCAAAACUAAUGCGGCAGAUCAACACUUCCGAAAUAAAUGUGAAGAAGAAAUUGAAACGUUGCGCUUAGAGCGAUCUCUGAAACUCAAAGCGUUUGAAGCUGACGAAAGAAGAAAGGACGAAGAGCAUCAGAUGAGGCUUCAAUUUAUGGAGGAAGAACAUCAGCUCAAAAUAGAGUUACUUACGGAAAAAAUUUCUUAAAUUUUUGUCUGUUUUUAGAUGUAAACAGUUUUGUUUUGUUGUUGUCAGUUUUAAGUUUAGUCUUAAUUUUCAAGUUAAGUCUUAAUUUUUCGGGAAUUUAACUGAGUUUGUAAUUAAAUUGUGAAUAUACCUAUAGGUAUAUAAAGUUAGUGGUCUUUUUGGCCCGGUUAUUGUUUUGUAGGGAGCGUUUUAUAUUUAAUGCUGAAAAUAAAUUAUGUAAAUACAUGGAAUUAUAUUAAACAAAAACCAUUCAAUAAAAAACUCAACGAAAUGGGACUUUUUCUCGAUAGAUGAAGUUCUGUUAUUAUAA